UCUUUUAUGGAACCCGUGGGAGAAUCUCUCUCCAUCUUCACAGGCCCACUUCAAGCCGCACUUCUCUUGUGAUAGCCCAUUUCAGCACUUGGAUGUCUGUAGGAAUGGCCCUCCCGUACCGCCGUGCGUACCUGUGCCUGUGUGUGAUCUGUGUGUGCCUGGACGUGUCGGCUGGGACAUUCCCCGGGAGCCAGAAUAAUUCAUCAGCAAAAUUCUUUUCAACCACCACGCCGACGACCAGCGCCAUCGAAAAUCUGUUGAAGGGUUAUGACCGCAAUCUCCGACCGAAUUUCGGCGGUCCCGCUGUGGAUGUCCUCGUCAGUAUGCAGAUCGCCAGUAUUGACCAGAUCUCGGAGGUGGACUUGGAUUAUACCAUCACCGUAUUCCUGCGGCAAUACUGGCGGGACAACCGCCUGCAGUACACCGGCACCAACAAGAGCCUGAGUCUGGACGGGCGGCUGGUGGAGAAACUCUGGGUACCGGACACCUUCCUCGUCAACUCCAAAAGCUCCUUCCUCCACCGGGUCACCGUGGACAACAGGCUGAUCCGGAUUGAACCGAACGGCAACAUUCUGUACGGCAUGAGAAUCACAGCGAAAAUUGCCUGCCCCAUGGACUUGCGGAAGUACCCACUGGACGAACAAAACUGCACUAUGGAGUUAGAGAGCUAUGGCUACACCACGAGUGAGGUGACGUACGACUGGAAGAACGGGAGUGCCUCGGUACAAGGUCUGCUGAACCUGGAACUGUCACAGUUCACUCUGGUCAGCUACGACACGGUACUCACCAAGGAGGUGUACGAAACUGGCACCUACGCACGACUGUCCUUCAGUUUCCUCCUGUGCCGGAACAUCCUGUACUUCAUCCUGCAGACGUACCUACCCGCCAUCCUACUCGUCAUAGUAUCAUGGGUCUCCUUCUGGAUCAACCACGAGUCUGUGCCGGCCAGGAUCGCACUGGGAAUCACCACCGUGCUGACCAUGACCACUGUCAUCACGGGAGCGAAGUCUUCCCUCCCCAAGAUCUCCUACAUCAAGGCCAUCGACGUGUACCUGGGGAUGUGCUUUCUCUUCACCUUCGCGGCCCUGCUCGAGUACGCCGCCGUCAACUUCGAGGCCAGCUCCCGCACCAGGAGGGAGACCAAAGGCACCAGAAAGCUCCUGCAGAAAAUGAAGUCUGCAAAAGACGGCAAGAAAGAGGGUAAUGAGGAAGGCACAAAGGCAAAGCGCUUCCCGCUCAUGGCGAAGAGACAGACCGUGAAAGAGUCACCGAAGGACGAGCAGAGACCGAGCACGGAGAACAACCAGCCUGCCCCGGCACCCAGACAGGUGAAAUGCAACCAGUCCUUAAAAAGAAUCGUUCUGAGAACGGCGGCAGACCCUAACCAUGUCGACCGGCAGCCGCCGCCCGAACCGCAGCUGAACAACAGCACCAACAUAGACCAGGUCGAGGAUCUGGGACAGACUGAAAACGGGCCAACGCCCGCGGCCCGAAAGAGACCCAACCUGCGGAAGAGGCCGACGUUAUCAGAUGUGGCCAAGCGAGUGGUGACCAACAGAAGCUUCGCUAUCAAAGUAAAAGACGUGGCAACUAUAGAUAAAUACUCCAGGGUUUUAUUCCCGCUCACGUUUGCUUUGCUCAACGUGGCGUACUGGAUAGGGUACCUGACAUAGCAGGCGACGCCAAGCAGAACUGCACUUUGCAGCAGCCCGCAUACUUUGUGCCACUUUUUUUACAUGCGGGAGAUGAAGCGUGAAAUAGGAUUUUAUGACGGGGGCAGAAAAGUCCAGGUGCGACGUGCACAAGUGCAAUAUGCCGUCCCGAUCCCGGCAGUCAGCGGGAACGACAAGAUGCCAAUUAGGCGUAGACGUCAGCGGAGUUCUGCUGGCGUCAUCGGGCUCAUCAACUGAAACAAAACAUUCUUCAAACUUCCUCUGAGACAACUCACAUUUGUCAAGGACGUCAAUUUAUACAUAUCAUUAGACACGAUGACGGAGAAAAAACUGUCUCUCUUACCAAAAUAACUAUUUGGAAAAUCACCCAUAGGAUACCCAUCCCUAUUCUAUCUUGAAACAUCAUUAGCGUGGAGCUCAAGUAACUGCUGCUCUUCUUCAGCGUUAGCGUGGAACUCAAGUUACUGCUGCCUUUGUUCAGCAAAUAUUGACACACAUUUUGAUACGAUCAUGUAAAAAUGAUCCUGGCACUUCACACCACUGUGUCUUUAAGUUUAUAGAGGCAGAAAGCGUAAUAACAUUUUUUUUAUAUGACACCGGAAUUAUUUUCCAU